AUGUCACGGCUCGGGCUCUUCGAGCUUCGGUUCGUCGCUGCCCGAUACAGACGUGUAAUUGUUGCCAGCGAAAGGCACAAAAAGAGCAGAGACAGAUGUGACGAUGAGUGGGGUGUUGAAUGUGGAGUGUUAUGUGAUCAUGGCGCGCCCGAAUUCGUCUCUUGGGAAUUCAUUUCGAUUGAAGAACGCCACCUCCUUCGUAGCAAAGUUCGCAGCAGAAGCGGUGCCUCGCCACAACGUCAAGCAACGGUACGAAAUCAAGCAGAGACGGAGAAGCGAUGUCACUGCCGUCCAGAACAAGACCCACCUAGCUAA